UUAAUCACCUCUGGGUUUUUUUUUUUUUUUUUGCUAAACAAACCAAAAACAACUGCAAAUUUUGAAGAAAAAAAAAAAGUUUUUUUAGUUUUUGUUUUAAAAUUUUGUAAAUAAGUGAUUUUUCUCCUUCACUGAUGUACGCUAAUGAGGCUGCAGUGAUGGGCACUGAUAGGUGGCACUGAUGGGCAUUGACAAGCAUCACUGAUGGGCACUGAAAGGAAGCACUCACAUAUGGCACUGAUAGGUGGCACUGACAGGCAUCACUGACGGGCAUUAAUAGGC